CGAGGGCGGAGAUGACGAGGAGGAGGAUAAAAACGAGGACAACAUCAAUACCAGUAGGGAUUAUUCGUUCCUUAUGGUUCGUUCGAGCAGUAGACGGAAAAUGUUGCGAUCAACGCCUGGUACAAUAGCAGCUGCGGUAUUUGGAACCACAUCUCUGGCUGGAGUACCCUCGAUCACGUUUGGGGAAGAGAGUGAUUCCUCGGAGAAUAUUUCCACAACUUACACCUCACAAAAUGCCGACAGCAGCAUUCGCGAUCGCAACAAAAUCAACGACAUUGCCACCGGAAGGAAAAACGAAUCGUCGCUUCACAGAGUGCUCGAAUCAUCAAGCGUUUACAGGGUCAAAACCGCUCCUACCGUACGACUCACAGGUCGUCGGACCCCUGUAGUGCCGGCGUUAGAUGCGAAACCGCCAUCAGUUCACCGGAUGGCGAGCCAGAAUCUCCUCCGGGAUCUACAAUCGAAACGAGCCUUGGUGCUGGGAGAACAUCACCCCGACCCUAGGGAUCAUCUUCUCCAGGCUGCUCUGRUCCGGGACCUACACAAGGCUCGACGCCACAGCGGCAGCGGAAGCAGUGAAAUGGCUGUGGGGCUUGAGGCAGUCCAGCAGCAGUUUCAGCCGUUCCUGGACGCAUACGUGGAAGGGAUCCUGGACAAUGACGAACUCAAGGUGGCCACCGAGUGGGAAUCACGAUGGUAUUGGUCCUUUGAUGCCUACUUACCCGUGUUGAGGACCUGUCGGGACCUAGGAAUACCACUGUUGGCGCUCGAUUUGUCGUCAGAGGACCGCACUACCGUCGAGCGAGGGGGGCUUGAAUCCCUCUCGCUAGAUCGCUUGAACAAUUACGUUCCUGACCCCGACGCUUUCYGUUCGUUCGGAAGCACCGCCGCAUAUCGAGCCUACCUCGAUUACACCCUAAGACCACCCUACGAGCUCCUACAACGAAUGGCCAAGCAAGGACCGGCAUCAAGCAAUAGUAGCGGGAUUCCCUUUUCAACCUUUGUCGAAAGGCAAAUGCUGAGAGACGAGGCGAUGGCCUCGGCCUCCACACGGUGGCUCCGCCACCACCCCGACGGAUUGCUGGUGGCAUGUGUGGGGACCAAUCACGCCUCAUUUGGCUGUGGUGUCCCUGGUCGGAUUGCACGAACGCUGGCCUCGAACAGUGGGGAAAAGCGAGGCCGAGCAGCGGUGGCCUCGGUUCUGAUCAAUCCCGAGCCGCUCAACACGGGGACCGAGCUCAGGAUUUGCAACAAGGACGGAACGCUCGCUACAAACGACUACGAUGACGAAGAAAGCCCAACCAGAAUUGGGUUUCUACCAAACUCUGGGAACCAAGUAUGUAUCGAGAACAGCACAGAUCUGCAAAACUAUGCCCUUCAGUUCCAAUUUGCAUCAUUUUCGUUGUCCCCUAGCCAACAACAAGGAAUUUUGCAAGAGGCCACCCUGGCCCAGCAGACCGCCGAGGGAGAAAAUGUGUUGGGACUUGCGGAUUAUUUGGUGUUCUCGCCGAAGGAAAAGACGUAAUAGUGUGAUUCAUUCCUUCAGCCUAAGCAGAGUAACUGGCAUCCGCAGGAGUCAUUCGAGAAGAAAUCGAAAGCAAAGUG